GACGUCAUUCGGAAAUUUCCCGCCAAAAGAAAAGUUGCGGGAUUGAUUGCGAUGGCUGUUCGAGGCAGUGUAAAUUCUCUUUUUUCGCAAGAUUUUGUCGAGCCAAUCAUUUAUGAGGUAAUUACCUCCUUGGUCGAGCAGAGCCAAUGAAGAACGUAAAAUGGAAAACCACGGAGGAACAAGGAGUUGUGGAGAAAAAAGAGCCCCUGAUGACUAUGACGUGGCAAACAAGAAACAAAGAACUGAACGUUUUAUGAGCAAGAGUCAACUACAGGACACUAAGAGUUCAGGACAGUCUGAACCUGGCAAUCAGCUGGUGCCCUACCAACAUCUACCAAUACAUACCUUACAUACAGAGAACUUUGAGUGCAGUAACCACAGCAAGAUAGAGUUAUAUUCAUUGAUGGUAAAGAACAUCAGCAGGAGGUGCACAGCAGUUACUUUAAAUCCAAUACAACCUGAAAGGAUGAUACAUAUCAUCCUAGAGAGUGCAGAGGCAUCAGAUGAAUUUGUACAGCCCUUAGUUGCUUCUGGCUUGAUCGAGGUAGACAAGAUACAAGACACAUACUAUUUUGGUGCAGCAAGGGACUGUAUUGUUACUGUCGGUUGGGUAGAUAAUCUUGAUCACAAGGAUGAUAUGUAUGGGUACGUUGCUGGACUGGAACAACUAAGCAACAACAAGGAAUCCACUAUCAUAGUGCUUACAUCAGGAAAAGCAACCAAUGCAGGGGUCAAGAUGGGGCAGGUCGUACCAAUUGGAAACCUGAUUUCCUUCUCGAAUGAUGUUGAGUCUAGAACAUCAUUGUUGGGUCCAACAUUCAAUACCUUCAACCCAGAGAAUAAACGCCUUAUGGAGUUGUUACAUGACCAGACCAGACCAGAUGUGUGGUACAGGCAGCGACCCAGUGCUGUCUGCAUGGAUACAAGUCAGAAUGUGCGGUGCAGUGUAGUUAUAGACAGACAUCCUAUUUUCUUGAGAAAACUUUUGGAACAUUUUCGUGGAAAUGACAUCUGUGUGAUAGUUGCUAUCAAUGAAGACAUGGAGCAUAAUGGAGCCAUGGACCACAGGGCAAUGCAGAAUGCCAUCACCAUGUUGCACACAUUCCUGGCAGCUGGAAUAGAUACAGUGUUUCCUCAGGUAGGGCUGGUCAGAAAAGAGCAUACAGAAACAACCUGCAGGCAACUAUGUAACACAGCCCACACUGACCGUAUACGUACCACUGCUGAAAUAAAGUCUCCAACCAGUUACCAACUGCCUGAAACUCCGGACUCUCAGCGACAAACUAAUACUACAAAGGACAUUCCUCCAUCAGUUGAGCCGGCACUUAUCAGUUCAAACAAGCUUACUGACAUUCUGCUGCUGGAGGUGGCAAAAAGGUUACUAGCAAGUGAUGCUAUUGACUUAGGUGUGGCCCUUGGACAAGAACGGAGAAAAGCAAAAAAUCUUGUCAAUUCAUGUGGCCAGCAAUCUGAUGCGGCAGCAGUACAGGAAGUGCUGCAUGCCUGGAGGGAUUCAGUAGGGAGAAAUGCCACUCCAAACAAGCUGAUUGAUGCAUUAAGGGUCAUUGAAAAAACUGAUGUUGCGGAUCUUGUCCUCUCAAGAGUUACUAUGUACUCUUAGUUCAGGGGAAUCAGUGCAAUAUUCCAAUGUAAUAAUAUAGUAUACAAAUGUACUAUAGUAUAGUAUAGUAUAGUAUAGUAUAGUAUAGAUGCUUUAGUACCUGCUCACUGUACAGAUUUUAAUGGAUAGUGUAAUGACUUUUUAGAAGAAAUAUUGUAAUGUUGCAGAAAUAUUAUCAACUGCUCUCUAGAAUGGUUUCUUUAGUGAAUCGAGGGGGAGACAAAAAAGGUAAUGAGCUGAAAACAUCUCAUCAUCAUAGAUGUCACACAUGACAAUGCUCAGGAUCUCUAGACUUGAAAUGAAAUUUCAGAGGAUCAAGGUCACUCCUCUUGCAGCUUUUGAUACUAUCCUAUGCUACCGUAGGAUCUGCUUGGAAAUUACUGAGGUCUUCAAAGUAGUUCUCAAUGGGUAUUUGGUACUACCAUUUUCUAUAUAAUACAAAUGAAUCUAUAGGAUUAAAACUGCAUUUUGAUCAUCAAACUUCAUUUACAUCUGUCAUUUAUGACUACUUCUCUAUCAGAAGAUAAUGAGACAUUAUUCACAAUACACACUAGCAAUUGACACUUGCAGACCUUUAAUAAUCAUUUAGAACAUAAAACAAUUUACAGCUUUUCACAGAUAGUGUAAGGACAGGUUUUGUAUGUGUACUUGUGAAAGCAAAGAACAUGUCUGUAAAAUUAUGUAACCUUCUUGCAGUGUAUUUAUGGUCAUAUAGAAUGACUACAGUACUUGUAUAGCUUUCCAACACAUUUACAUAUUUUUUUCUGUAACAAUAAUACAACCUUUACAAGAUGCACUCAAAAGCCAACAUUUUUCUGCAAGACCCUCCCCCCCAUCCCAACUGAAUCAUAAUCCCUACUAACACCUUUAUCCCCAUCUAUGCUGCAGAAAAUCUUAACUUCUGUAGUGAUCCCUAAAUAAAAAUCAACCUUGGAAAUAUUACAUCGCAACUGCAAUACUUUAAGUGCACAAGACUGAAUGUUACGAAUUGUACCUUUCUAAGAUAAGGAAGCCAAGACAAACAGGUUUCAUUAAGAUACAAUGUGUAUCAAAUGUGUGUUUUCUUCACCAACCAGUGGUCAGUGGCUCACAAGGAAAACUUUCUACCACUUGAGCUAAAAAUUGGCAGCAUGAUGUAACCCCUGAACAGCUAGUAGUAACUGUAAAUUGAGCCAUGUGUUUAAGGCAUUAUGAACAGCCCAUAGGUCAUUAUUGUUUCAAAGAUGAAUCAAAGGUUUUAGAAAGCCUCGUAAUGUGCCUCUAAUCUGGAUAUAUUUACAUGUGUAGAUCGCUGGCCCACCUCUUGCACCCAAGGCCCUGUUUUGAAGAAAUAGGAAGGUGUUCUGCUAACUUGAAACAUCAGGCUUAACAAUUCACACAGUUUGGUUUCUUUCUAAUUGGAAAAUUAU